UAUAUGAUAAACAAUAAUAAAAAAUAAUAAGUAACCAUAUAAAUUUUUAUUAAUUAUUGCAUGUCAUAUAUUGUAGAGUGGCAAUGUUGUUUUUAAUGUUUUAUUUUGUCAACUUUUCAAUUUAUUUGAGUGCUAUGGACAGCCAAAGAAUAUUGUGAAGGAUCAAAUCGAUGAAAGCACAAAAAUCUAACGUUGAAGUUAAUUGAAUCAUGCCGUUUACUCAAUCUAUGUGCUGUAACAGCCUAACAAGUGGAUGUGUUUUUCAUUUGGUUUUGCACUUCUGCUAAAAAUGAACAAAGCGUUUGCUAUGAAUUAUGAAACUGUAAUAUUUAUUCUGUUUAAUCACUUUAAUCUAGUAGAAAUACAAAAGUAUUUCUAAAUUCCUUUUUAAUUGUUUAUUAAAGUUUGUGAUAAAUUUUGUUUUACAGUUGACAGUGCAGGUUUUAAAAAAAUUAAAAAACAUUGCUUUAUGGCUAGUUUUUUUUGGUCUAGUGGUAUUUGUAUCAUAUGUAAAAUUGCUGUAUGGACUCGCAAUUGAUUCAACCCUUUUUCAUUAUAAACCUUUCAGAAAUGCAUUAAAAAAAAAGCCCGGUAAAUUUUUGUUUUACGUAUUGGUGCCAUGAACAUCCCGCAUGCUACUGUUAGGGAGCCUCGAUCAAAACGGAUCAAUUAACAUGGCAAUUGUUCAAGGAGUUUGGGCAAAUCUGCAACACUGUUUAUAAUAUAGUCAGGAUUACUUUGUUUCAGUGUAGAUUCUGUUUGUGUUCCUGUUAGAACAGCAACUGUCUGACAUCCUGCAUUUUUGCCUUCUUCUACAUCCAUUACUGUAUCUCCAACCUUCAAAACAUUUCUCUUGUCAGUAACUGAACAGUGUUUCAUUGCUGAAUGUACUAAAGACGGGUGAGGUCUACUGUGUCCUUCUUGUUCUGCACUUGAUACAUAUUGAACUAGAUUCUUCCAUCCUAGCUUUUCAACCAAAGCAAGCACAACAUCAUGCGGAAAUCCACUACCAACUGCAAUCUUAAUCCCUCUUGUUUUUAACCAAUAAAAUAUCUCAGUUGUGCUUGGGAUUUCCUUGUUAAUAUUAAUCAAAUGAGAGUUCAAAGCUAACUUAAAAUCUUUGAACAUAGUAUCUAACAAAGCAUUAUCAUUUACGUUUUUUAAUUUAUCGCUGUCACAAUUAUUCAUCUGUAUUUCGUGGCAUUCUUUCAAAAGACAACUCAGAGCCUGUUUUUUAUCCAUUCCUCUGUAUUUAUUCACCUGCUCUGGGCUUAUUUUAAUCCCACGGGAUGCAAAAGCUUCUGUCAUAGCCACUGUGACUAAAGGUAAACCAUGAAUUGUAUCAUCAACAGUUGUUCCAGCAAGAUCAAACACAACAAGCUCUAUCUUUUCCGCCAUCUUGGGAUCACAUUUAAAUUGGACUUUGUACCAUUCGUUUUUACUUGCAACUAUUGGUUGGCUACCCCCCCCCCCCGUAAAACAGGUAAUAUCGUCAUAUUGGACGGGGGAGGGGACCAGAGUGGAACGUAUAGGAAACCAGAGUGGAACAUACAUAGAUCGAUGGCAGAGGGAACACAAAAAGUUUUAAAGGUAAAGAAAUAAGAAAUAAAAUCGGCUACACUGCAUUUCGCCAGUGUAUUGCUGUCAGCAUUUCAGUGGACUGUGGGGAUUCUGGGAUCACCUAAUGCAAGCUAGUUUGGCAGCAAAAAGCUGAAUGCCCCUGAAAUAAUAUAAAGUGUCAGGGUUGGGGUUAGUUUAUAGGGUUAUUUCCAUAGGUUUAUAUUUCCCACCAAAAUGUAUACCUUAUGAGCCUGCUGUAGUUACCAGCUGGAGUCGGGACAGUGCCACACUGGUGUCCAUGUAACUGCACUUCACUGCAGUUAAACUAUACAAAGUAACUAGAUGACCGGCAGCCGGCUAUCUAGUAAACUACCAGCUAUAUAAUACCUAUAGUUACAUAUAAAAACAUUUGUUUGCACUAGUUUUACCAAGCUUGCCGUUAGCGCAUACUGCAAAGGCACUGUGUGCAGAAAGUGAAACCCAGCCUGGGUCGGGUAGAUUUUUUCAACUUUUUCUCCGCCUUUUUAUUAAUUUUAACUCUCAAAAGAUUAGGUUAGGGGUUAGGGUUAGAGGAGGGUUUGGGGUUAGGAAACGAUUUAUCUCUUUGACUUUAAUUAUAGUCAUGACUAUAUAGCCGGACGUUUACUAGAUAGCCGGCUGCCGGUCAUCUAGUCACUAGUUACGUCCAGUAUAUACCAGUAGUCUAGUACCACAGUUUAGCCCUGGUGCAUAGUUGCCAACAUUGGGAAGAAAACAUCUGUGAGAUUUUGCUUUGGGGAGCCCAUGAGGCACCACCAUGGUUGGUGCCGAGCAGAACAAUUUUGCAAAUAUGGAGUCUCUAGAUCGUUGGAAAUGGCAUUUUCAGAUCAGUCUUCUAUACCUUAGGCCACAUAAAAAAAUAGUUGGUUAGCGGGUGACUUCCCACUAGUCCGAAGGUUCACUAGUCCGAAGGUUCACUAGUCCAAAACAUACGCUGGUUUUGAAUUGCAAUUAUGUGUUAGACUUGGCUGCUUCGCAGUUAAGCAUUUUUUGUACCUGCAUACAUAUUGAAAUAUUCGCUCACUCUCGAUUGUAUAACUAUUUAUUUGAAGAUAAACAUAACUUUAAUAAUACAAAUUGAUUUUCUAUAAAACAUGUCCGACCGAAUGUGCACAUCAGAGAAGCAGGGCCUUUUUUAACAUACAAGCUGGGGGGGCAAAUGCCCCCCCAGUCCCCCCUUGUGCCCCCCCCCACGAAAUCACAUUUUGCCCCCCCCAGGAAAAGUCCCUUUUUCCUAAAAUUAUACAAACAAACCAGCGAAGAUUAACAAAUAGAUAAACGAAAAGUAAGUUUUAGGCUUUAUCCUUUGUCCUUGUUUAACAAAAUCGAUUUAAAUUGUUACGUUUCUCCACCACAAAGUAAUGAUAAAUUAUUGUUAAUAAUAUUUUUAUUUUUUGGAUGCUCAGAAAUCUCAGAAUGCAGGAAAUGGCACUUCCUGGUUUCAAAUUUCAAAUAUUUUCUGGGGAUUAUCCCUCCAAUAAGUAAUGAUAAAUUACGGUUAAUAUUCUUUUUUACUUUUUGUGCAUUUUUCCUUCUUUUAUUUCAAAUACAAGUAUAGUUAGUAUAAAUUUUAGGGCAAAUUUGGAUGCUCAGAAUGCAGGAAAUGGCAUUUCCAUGCUUCAAAUUUCAAAAAUUUUCUGGGCAGUACACCCCCACACACGUGACCAUUGCCAUCCUCCUCUAAUAAGUAAUGAUAAAUUAUGGUUAAUUUUUUUUUUAACUUUUUGUGUGUUUUUUCCUUUAUUUAUUUCAAAUACAAGUAUAGUUAGGAUAAAUUUUGGAGCAAAUUUGGAUGCUCAGAAUGCAGGAAAUGAGAUUUCCGGGAUUCAAAUUUCAAAAAUUUUCUGGGGGAGUACACCCCCAGACCCCCCCCCCCAUUCAUGCGUGGUAUAUUGGCGAUACAUGUGGCCUUCAGCCAUUGCUAUCCCCCUCUUAAUAUAUUAUCUCACUGAAAGGUCCCUUUUCAAAAAAUGCCCCCCCACGGGAAAAUCCUUAAAAAAGGCCCUGCAGAGAAGAGAAUCUCAUUAAUCUUUAACCAAUCAUAUUUAGCGUUAUAGAAUUUGGCGGGAACUUAUUAUUCUUAACACUCCCACUUAAUGAGUUCACGAUAAAAUGUGCAUUCACUUAUAAAUUUAACUUCAACAAUUAAAUUACAAUGUUCACACAGAUGUAAUCCCAAUCAAGUCCCUUAACUUUUCAUAACUUGAUCUUGCUAAUCCUUUUGUUAGUAUGUCUGCUUUCAUAUCAUCUGUUCGACAAUAUACUACAUUGAUCUCCUUCGACUGAACGCGUUCUCGAACGAAAUGAUGGCAAAUGUCAAUAUGUUUUGUUCUAUUAUGAUAUUUGGCAUUCUUCGCCAAUUCUAUUGUUCCUUGGUUGUCUUCGAAGAUUGUUAUCGGUUUUCUGAUUUUAAAUCCAACAUCAUAUAACAGUCUUUGUAACCAUAUCGCUUCUUGCGUGGCUAAACUUAAAGCAAUAUAUUCUGCUUCUGUUGAACUCUUCGCGACUGUCCUCUGCCUUUUGCUCGACCAACUAACUGUGCUAUUAGCAACUUGAAAUACAUAACCUGAUGUUGAUCGACGAGUAUUAAUAUUUCCUGCCCAGUCAGAGUCUGAAUAACCGACUAGUGUAGGGUUUUCAUCUGCUGAGUAUUUCAGGCCAUAAUCUAAAGUUCCUUUAAGAUAUCGUAAUACACGUUUCACUCCGAUCCAAUGAUCUUUGCUAGGUUUCGCCAUAAAUUGUGAAAGUGCUCCCACUGCAGCUGAGAUAUCUGGUCUUGAAAUCACUGAAAGAUAGGUUAGGCAUCCAAUCGCUUGCUGGUAUGUUUGUGUGUCAAAUUUUUCAUCCUCAUUUGACAACUCUGAAAACUUUGUCCCAGGUUCCAGCGGUGUUGAAACCGGUUUACAUGAUUCCAUUCCGAAUUUGCUUAGGACUCGUUCCACGUAAUUACGCUGACUGAUUGUAGUAACUCUGGCUUCUCGAUCUCGUUUAAUCAGCAUUCCCAAUAGGUAAUGAACUUCACCUCUGUCAUCCAUCUUAAAUCUUUCGCUGAGCGCUUUCUUCUCUGAAUUCAGCAUUUGGAUGUCGUUGGAAACUGGAAUUAUAUCGUCCACGUAAACUCCCAGUAUCACAAAACUUAUUCGACCACCGUCCUUUUUAACCGAUUUAACAUAAAUGCAACCAUCUGCACCACUUUUUCUGUAUCCUCUCGACUUUAAGUAUCCAUCGAGCGUGUCAUUCCAACAGCGUGCAGACUGUUUGAGACCGUAGAUACUUUUCUGCAGCUUACAAAGAUAAUCUGGUUUGUCUGGAUCAACAAAACCUUCCGGUUGUUCCAUAUAAAUGUCGCAAUCAAUGUCGCCAUUUAAAAAAGCAGUUCGAACAUCCAUUUGGUGGACUUCGAGAUCAUAUUCGUUGGCUAAUGCCAGUAAUGUACGUAAAGAUGUAUGUCUGGCCACAGGGGAAAAUACUUCGUCAUAAUCAGCUCCUUUUGUUUGGGAGUAUCCUUGAGCUACAACUCUCGCUUUGAAACGAUCAAUUGAUCCAUCUUCUUUCCGCUUUACCUUUAGCACCCACCGCGAUCCGACUACAUUUUGAUCAUCACGGGGAGGAACCAAUUCCCAUGUAUCAUUUUCUAGUAAUGAAGAAUAUUCUGAGAUCAUCGCAUCUUUCCAUUCCUUCGCAUACUUCCCAUUCAGCGCUCUUUGGACACUUUGGACUCAACUACUGGACAUGCAUUGUCUCUGAACUUACUCGGAAUCAUACGCUGUCUUACAGGACCUAAAUUUUUCACGUUUUCCAUAAACCGCUCUUCGUAUGUUUUCGAAGUAGAUGGGGUUUCACUUUCUCCCACUGGUUCGUCGUUCUCGGGAUUAACAGGCUGCUCCAUGGUUUCAUUCAAGUUAAUGUUUGUUUCAACAACAGGAUCAACUCUAAACUCAUCCUGAUCUUCGUUGAAGGUUUGAUCAUCAAGUUCAUCAUCAACUCUAUCUAGAUCAAAUAACUCAACAGUUUGUUUUUCAUCAUCCGGAACUUCAAUUCUCUCUUGCUGCUCGAACGCAAAGUCAUUCUUUGGGUUCUCAAAAUUAUGAAAUUUCUUCUCUAAGAAUUGAACAUCUCGACUUAUCAUGAACUUUCUUCUUUUAACAUCAUAAACUUUGUAUCCUUUUGUGCCAGUAGGAUAGCCAACAAAUAUAGCUUCAUAAGACUUUUGGUCUAAUUUUCUACGAUUACUGUCCGGGAUAUGAACAUAGCACAUACAUCCAAAGACUUUAAGAUUAGAAACAUCUGGUUUUUCACCGAAAAGGCAUUCAUUAGGGGUUUUGUCCUUUAAUGCAACUGUAGGACUUCGGUUAUGUAGGUACACGGCUGUAUUGCACGCUUCAGCCCAGAAGACUAGGGGCAAAUUUGCAUGAUAUAUCAUGGAUCUUGCAGAUUCUAAAAUCGUACGGUUUAAUCUUUCUGCCACACCGUUUUGUUCAGGGGUGUAAGGACAAGUGAAUUGUUGGACAAUGCCCUUCUCUGUACAGAAUUUGGAGAAACUGUUCGAUUUGUACUCACCGCCGUUGUCGCUGCGCAGAAUCUUCACUUUAUUAUGAUUUCCAUCUUGAUUUUCAACAUAAUUCACAAACUCCUUGAAUUUAGUAAGUGCUUCUUCAUCUUUCUUCUUAAUAAAGUAAGCAACAGCAUAUCUGGAAUAGUCAUCAGUAAAUGUGACCAAAUAACGGCUACCGCCAAUCGACUCAACUUGCAUUGGUCCACAUAUGUCAGUAUGUAUGAUUUCAUAAGGUCUACUUGCCCUAUGUAGACUUGCUUUUGGAAAGGGAUUCUUAUGCAUCUUUCCCAUUGAACAUCCUUUGCAAUCUUUCCCCACUUGUUUACUUUCAUCAUACAUCAUUCCGGUGACCAUAUCAUUCUUCAUCAGUUGAUUAACAUAUCCAUUGUUUAGAUGACCAAAUCUCUGGUAAACCUUCGGACUAGUGAACCUUCGGACUAGUGAACCUUCGGACUAGUGAACCUUCGGACUAGUGAACCUUCGGACAAGUGAACCUUCGGACAAGUGAACCUUCGGACUAGUGAACCUUCGGACAAGUGAACCUUCGGACUAGUGAACCUUCGGACAAGUGAACCUUCGGACUAGUGAACCUUCGGACUAGUGAACCUUCGGACUAGUGAACCUUCGGACAAGUGAACCUUCGGACUAGUGAACCUUCGGACAAGUGAACCUUCGGACUAGUGAACCUUCGGACAAGUGAACCUUCGGACUAGUGAACCGUAACCGGUUAGCGUCCUUGCCUGCCCACAAAAAAGGCCCCACUUAGGAUUUUUUAAAUUUUUUUAUUUAAAAAACACCCCAACUUUUAUUGAUCAACAGGCUCUAAUAUGUGUAGUCAAUUUCUGUUGAACGUAGUCAACUGUGUUAAUAAAUUGUGAAAUUAUGUGCGAAAAUGACGAUACAUAUAUUAAUCAUAUUUUGAAAUAUAUGAAAAAAUAUCUGUAUUGCACAAGAAAAUCCAGUUUCGGACCUAAAACCAAGGCGUUAAAAAUUAGUAAAAAUAAAAAAAACCCACCCGCCCGCCCACUUUUUGGCAAAACCUAAGGACGCUAACCAACUAUUUUUUUAUGUGGCCUUAUACACACAAGUUUUGGUAGCUUUUAUUUAGAUAAUUAUACAAAACCAUAUUGUUGAAUACCCACGAGUACCAGGUUGCAUAUAGCGAUGUUUUGAUUAUCUAUUUUUGGCUUAAUUAAUAGCGUGAAUUUUUUCACAAGAAAAAAGUUUUAUGUGAUUUGAAGCAAAUAAAGUCACUCUUAAUAGUUAAAAUGUGAAACUAAGCCAACAUAUUUAAGAACCAGUUGGGUUAUUUUCGAAAUCUGUGAGAAUCCGUGAGAUAUUAUUAACAACCUGUGAGCUCACUGUGGGGUUUUAGUAAAAUCUGUGAUGCUCACGGUGAGCUGACGGUGAGGGUUGGCAACUAUAUGCUGAUAUUAAUCUGAAACAGUGGCUGACACUUUACAAAAUAUGGGGGACUCGUGCCAAAGACACAGGAAAAUUUUAAAAUUGGAAUCCCAGAAAUGGCAUUUGCAGCAUUCUGAGAACACAUUUUGUAAAAAACUAGGUUUUCAAAACACUGUUUUAAUUAAUGGUGAAUUUUGUUGUAAAUCACAUGCUAAAGAUAGAAAACCAACAUUUCAGAGAAAAUAUUUACCCCCUAGUAUCCAUCAAAAAGAGUGUAUAAAAUGUGUAUGUUGUGACAUGUACAGUACAGAAACAUAUAUUUCCUGGUCCCGUCAAUGCUUGAAACAUGGACAGCUAACUGUGAAUAAUGCACAACACGUUUUUGAGAAAAAAUUACCCAUUGACUUGCAACACCCAGUGCAUGGAUAUGCACACCCAACAUUGGCAACAACCAUGAUAUUAAAGUUAGUUAUUCCCCAGUUCUAUAAUUUGCAAAACAUCAGUGGCUAGUGGCUAUUAUGCUAAUACAAUCAUGAUUGUAGAUUUUAUAUAGAGUGGCAUAACUCACAUAAGAUUGCAUUUGCUCAAAUUAAAUUAUACUAAUUGUAAUUCAAAGACUGUAUAAUUAUCAUAUUCUCUAUAUAUUUAUUUUUUCAGAUCCUUUGCAUCCAUGGAUACAGGUAAAGAAUUCAUCAUUUAUUAUAAGUUCCCACCAACUCUGAAGUUUUUUAAAUGAAGUGUAAGUUACACGUUUCAUUAGUAUAUGGCUAGUUUUUGUUACUUUUUCACAGGCAAAGUGGAAAAAUUUUUCGAGAUAAAACAGGAUCGUUUAGAAAAAGUUUAAAGAAACUACCUCUGGAAUUUGGUACGUUUGGCUUAAGUUUCCCACUUUAAAUUUCAAUUUUUAGCCAAAACGUUGAAACAUCAAUGCAUUCAUUGUUAUUGGCCGCUAGUUGGGGAGGAACAACACAAAGAGCAGCUGGAAUUAAGGGGGACUACCAUCGUCCUGACUGUACUUCAAACAAUUAAUAUAUAAAUGAAAAAGAUAUGUACUUGUAUGGAUGAGUUAAUACUUAGUUUAAUAUACAGGCAUACAUUAUUUACAAAACACCUCUAAUAACAGAAUACUGCAUGAAUUCCUGCACCAUGUGAUUUUUGUCCUCACUAGCUGUCCUAGCUGUGCUGGGCAACCUGUGACCUACGACCUGUCACCUGUGACUGUCGUAAUUUUCCCUUUCAUUAGAUUUUAUUUAGACAUUACUUCAUAUUGACAAUACCUUACAUGAAAGCGAUGACUUUGCGUACUAAAUGCGUACAUACCUAUAUAAUUAUGAUGCUUCUAUGGAGAAUAGCUAGUUCUAAUCUUCCUCAUGUUGCUCAUGCAAAUCACCAUAGCAAAACAAUUAAACAGAUAAUCAUAAUGGCUUAUUGCAUUUUUAAUCCACACCCGCGAGCCGCCUAUGGAGUACAUCUAUUUUUUGGACCCCCCUCCCUAGGAAUUCCGCAGAUGUUGAUGAAUUUUCAGCCUAGAUUUUUCAUGAAUUUCUACUCAUCCCUUGGAAAUUCCACCGAUGGUUUUUGACCUACUCUCUGGAAUUUCCACAUUUUUUGUUUUUAACCUAGUUAUUUAUCAUUUGUUUUUCCCCUAGUUUAUAUUACUGCUCCCAAUAGAAUACCAAAUGUAGAGGACGAAGGUAAUUUCUGUUGCAUUCGCUGUUUGUUAAUACUAUGUUAAAAGAUUAGUAUAUCAGUUCUGUAUUUCAAAUGAUGGGUUGAAGUAUAGGUCGUCUUCGUUUUGGUAUUUAAUUUGCUAAGGGAUUUUGUGGAGGUUAAGACAAAUUUUCCCAUUGAUCUAGGGCCCCUAUAGCAGUGCUAUAUUUGAUAGGGUCCCUCAAAGGGCCCCAUCCUUGAAGCAGGGCCUACAUAAAAGUUAGUACAAUUUAAUAGGGUCCUGUUCCAAAAAUUGAUUUUUUGUACCGUCUCAACAGAAAAGCCUGGGCCCUGUCAGGUUGCGAGCCCAAGGCAAGUUGACCUUUUUGUCCCUGGACCUUUCUGAGAUCCCUGAUGGAAACCUGCCUCGUACCCAGGCGCUUUAAAUAAUUAUACAUGAAGUAUUCAGGCAUGCGACGCGCGAAGGGGCUGUUGGGAAGGGUGCGUCCAAGUGCACUCUUCCCAUCAGCCCCUUCGCCCAUCUCUCCCCACUACAAUACUUCAUGUAAACUCGUCAUAUGCGCAUCACUGUUUUUUUACAAAGAGACGCCUGGGUACGAGGCAGGAUGGAAACGAUUUUAGAGCAUUUUCGCUGAGGUAGCCGAUCCUUUAACGAAGGUAGGCAUUAGAUCACAGAGGUAACGUCACUCCGUGGCUUGUACCAUUGUCCCAGUGAGAACUCCCCACACAAACGAUGUUACGAGUAAUACUAUAUAUGCAUCAGGGCCGUAUUUUUUAACGUGCAGUUCUACACAAAAUAAACAGUUGUAAAUCCAUUUGUGCAGUUCUAGAAACAUAAAUGUGCAAUUCAGAAAAUAUAAUAUAUAUGGAUAUAUAAAAUGUAGUUAUCGAGUACCAAUAAUUUCUGGGGGAGGAUCGGCCCCAGACUCCCCUAUUUACUUCAUAAAUCACUUACGUGCUGGGCCGGCGGAAAGUAAAAUUGUGGUGAGCCCUCAAAAGAGAUUAGAAUGGAAGAAUUUUUAAUAUUCUUUGAUGCUUUAAGGUUAUUGAAUAUAUAUUAAGUAUUCAUGGUUCCCUGUUUCGUAGUGUGAAACAGUUUUUCUGGGUGCCUAAGCCAUUUGAACCAUUGGCAUUGUCGUUUCUGCAAGUCUCCUGGUCCAGUUCUGGCCACUGACCGCGCUUCCUCCACGCGGAGAAAGGGAGAGCGCGGUCAGGGGCCAGAACUGGACUACAAGUCUCCCAGAACACAGGAAAUGCCAUUUAAGAGAUACUAGAUUUCAAAAUUUUCUGGGGAAACAUGCCCAGGGAACCAAACCAUAGUAUUAUUCUGCCACCUAUGCAAAUUAAAAUCUAUUUCAGGUGAAAUCCCCCCCGCCAAACACCAAUGUGCAGUUCUAACUGCAAACAAUCACUAAAAAAUGUUAAAUGAUCCGGCGAAUCGUAACUCCACCAGGACCAUCAAACAUUUUCUUGUGUGAACCACGGCAACUAGCCAAUACUAGGCGAAGCUAACUUAGUCCCGAAAGCCAACCCUAACUCCUGUCAAAACGGGUGAAACAAAACGAAACACGUUAGGGGCCCCAAAAUCUAAAGACACAUCGAAGGGGCCCAAUGUUUUGUUUUCAACCCAACAGGUAUCAAUAAAUGCGCGAGCGUGCGAGCACUCCUCACAUGCACCUUUUGAUUUUUGCAGGCAUAUUUAAAAAUACUGACAUUUUAACAAUAUUUAGGUCACAAGAUCUAAAUAAGAUAUGUUUUGCAGGCACAUUUUGAAUUUCGCUCGCAGGCACGAAAAAAUGUUAAUGAGGCCUUCCCCCAAAGUCCGACAUAUCGGUCGGAACGGCCGAUCUAUAUUCGAUUUUACAUUUACAUGUGAUAUUGUUUAAUUCAGAACAAUAUGGUUGGUGGUUUUCUACAGAAGAGAAUACUUAUGAUCCAUUAACAAAAUCUCGUUAUUGUAAAGGAUAUGAAACAACAAUCAACUCCAUACGGGAUGUUUUUCAAAAACAGGUUUGUUUAUUUUUUUAUGCCAUUUGCAAUCAAUGUUCUUCAAUAAAAUGUGAUCAUAGUACCUUAUCGUUAUCAAUUUUUUCUACCUAUAGGGUCCGUUUGAUGGUAAGCACCAAGUCUCUUAAUUCGUUUAUAAUUUCUGAUUGGUAUUAAAAUACGUUUGAUGAUUAUGGCCACAAUGUCAUCCGCCGGGAGUACUUUAUUUAAAGAAAAUGGUAGCUGUGAAGGUCUACAGUCUUGUUUCAUUGAAUAACCUGGAUCGAUGGCUUGUAGAAUAAUAUAAUAUAUAUUCUCUUUCUGAGAGAUCAGUACCUAGCAUCAGGGGAAGUUGGCGUGUACGUGACGUCACACAUAGGUUCCACGUGUUCACAUGUUAGCUUCAGAACGACAUGAACUAUAAUGUCUAUAAGGUUUCUUCUAUAAGGCUGUUGGCAAUCUAUUGUGUAUUUGACAGUGUUCCACACACUGAGCUCUGUAUAUAUCUGGAGCGAGAACUCGAGUCCAAAAAGCGAAGCCAGUUUCGUGUCAACCGCGCAGUCAAAUACAAUAGAAAGCACUGGAACUGACGUCCAAUAGCUCCUUCAAUUUCUGCCAUCUUGGCAAGGAGUGCGCUGAAUUUCGUCUUUUGUCAUCGAUUUAAAGAAUAACACUAUGGUUUUAUGAACUGAUAACUUGGGAAGGAAGGGAAGGGGGGAAUGCAAUGGAACGUUUGUCGAAAUCAUACAAUGUCGAAAAAUUUUUAGAACCACUGAGUAUUUUAAUAAAAUACAAAACAAGUGAAACUCCAAACAUCGAUAAUAUUUUUAUUUAUCUACGUUUCGACUAUAUUUCAGGACUUCAUCAUCAGGAUAAACUAGCUAGAUUUUAUAUCAAAAGCAGCAUUUAUAUGAAGAAAUAUGAUACAAUCAUUAGGUUGAUUAUUAAUGAAUUGAUUAAAUUCUUUGAAUAGCGAGGGAUUCUUGAUAGAGCAAAAGGGACCAAUUGCAAUGGUUAGGUAAUAAUGAUAAAUCUAACCAUUGGUCCCUUUUGCUGUAUCAAGAAUCCCUCGCUAUUCAAAGAUAUAAACCUGAACUUAAUCAUGCAUGGACUUAAAGCUUCUAAAGAACUAAUCAUAUUUAAUGAAUUCAUUAAUAAUCAACCUAAUGAUUGUAUCAUAUUUCUUCAUAUAAAUACUGCUUUUGAUAUAUAACCUAGCUAGUUUAUCCUGAUGAUGAUUGAAAUAUAGUCGAAACGUAGAUCAAUAAAAAUGUUAUCGAUUUUUGGAGUUUCACUUGUUUUGUAUUUUAUACAAUGUCGCGCCACCGUUUUAUAUUUUUCUUCAUGUUUAGGAAUAUUUUCGUUCAGUCAAGGAGCGUCUCUAACGUCACUUCUGUGUGCCAUGAACGACGAAGAAGGUGAAUAGCUUCAAUACUAUAAUCUUUUAAAUAUAAAAUCUUCCAUAUAUAAGCCCAUCAGUGGCAGGUAUUGGACCCUUCAAUACCGCCUGUUUAUACUGGUUGCCACGCAAUCAUUGCCUCGUUUCCAUGCUUACAUUGUCACAAUAGCCAAGUUAGGAAUGCAGUUAAGUUAUACAAAAAUGUGAAGUGGUUAGUAACGGGGAGGUAAACAUGCAUGGAUGUGAUGUUGAAAAAUGCUGCAAAACUUAUUUUCUUCAUAAUCAGACAUUCACAUAUAAACGAAGAUUAGAAUGCAUCAUCUAUAUAUGUCUGAAGGGGGAAUUAUUACCAUCGUGCUGAUUACCCGAACAUGUUCACUUACAGGUCGUUAAAUCGCAAAUAUUUUUAUAUCGUUUGUCAUUUUGUUUACUGUUUAAUAAGAUACCUUAGGCAGAUUAGCUGAAUUAUGGGAAUUUUUACACGGAAACGGUUUAUAACUCUUACUUAUACUUUACUAGUGCGCUCUUAAUGUAAUUUUUCUGGUUUUAUUAGGUUCAGUUAUAAAUUUCAAAUUUGCAAUAAUGGUGGCAGGCUUCAGGUCACGAUCUACACAACACGAUAUGUUUUAUGAAAACCGCAUCAAAUGUUCAACUCUUCACGUAUAUGGUGAAACUGAUCAAGUUAUACCAAAAGGUAAAUUGAAAUUUAACAAUAUUUUGUUUUAGCUGCUGGAAAUCCUUAUUAAAAGUUGCAUUCGUGUAAACACGAGGUUAUUAUCUACCCAAGAUCUCACAGCUACGGCUGGAACUUUGUCUUAAUUAAAAGGACCAAAGAGGUUUGGCCAUCUAGUACAAGGCUAACUAAAGAUUCCGUGUAACCGUACUUUCAAAAAACGUUCCCGCUAUGCUUCUCCCUUGGGCUCUAAACCACCACGUCCGUAAUUUCUCCAAACAUACAGUAUUACAGUAUGUAGUUUGAGAACUCGUUUCGACAUAGCCCAACUGAGGAAGCCCGUCCUAAGCGGACGUCGCUAUAUAUGCAGGCAUGUGUUAUAUAGAUAACAUGAAACAAUGAUCUUGUUACAUUCAUUUUUAGAAAAUAGUGUGAAACUGGUGGAAUAUUUUGACAAUCCUGUCACACAUUGUCAUCCUGGAGGUUGGUAAAUCAAUGAUCAGCCAGCUCGCCUUUACCCAAAAGAGCCAGAUGUGUGUUUAUACCCGGCGUGGUCACCUAAUUCGUGUAAUAUAAAAUUGAAAUGCUUGGUUGUAUUUGUUCCCAUUUAUGCUUACAUUAGAUAGUUUGGCAACAUUUCUAUAUGCGAGCAAAGCAUACAUUACUAAACUUUAUUUGCCUCUUCAAAAUACUCAUCUUUCUUUACAAACAAACUUUAAGUAGCGAUAGUCAACGAAUACACAUAGUCAGAAAACACUCCAAACGACUUCUGUAACUUUGGCGUGGUUACGAGGCGUGAAAAUAACGUAGCAGUUAGUUAGCAGUUGAACAACUCCGCCGUACUAGAAUGCCCAAGGGAAUACAAUUUAUAGUCGCCCGAGUUCUUAAAGUGAAAUAAGAAGAGUAAAAUUCUGUUGUUGAUAAUCACGUCUUCAUUGACAUUGCCGUUGUAUUUGCCGAACUCACUAUUAUCAUAUUAAUAGCGGUACCUAGGCGUGUGAAGGGAUGUGGAGGCAUGUGAAGGGAUGUGAAGGGAUGUAGAGGCAUGUGAAGGGAUGUGGAGGCAUGUGAAGGGAUGUGGAGGCAUGUUAAGGGAUGUGGAGGCAUGUCGGUUUUCUGAAGAUGUGAAGUGGGUGGCACCGGGCACAAACAUGCGUUGGCUGGCUAAGCUCAAGUAAUGAAGAAUUGCUUGACAUAUGAAAGCUGUUCCUUUAUUGACUAAUUUUUCAAUUCAUUCACAGGUCAUUUUGUUCCAGCUUCUUCACAGCACAAGCAAGUGUAUGUUGACUUUAUACAGAGAUUCCUAUCUUGAUUCUCAAAGUCGGAAACCCAGAUGUGUUUAUUCCGAAUAACGUAGGAGUGUAGGACAUGUUUUUAGGUAAGAUAUACAGGCAUAUGGUUACAUCUACACACCCGAAAUUAGAAAUCAACGAAGUGGACUAACGAAGAUGUGACAUAGGAAUGGAGAUUCUUGAAUAUUUUAAAGGAAAAUUUCGCCUAUACGCUUUUUGGUCCACGAACCCCGGUUAUGACCGUUACCACAGCUACAAAGUUGUAUAACAAGCAAUAGACUUGUUACAAGCUGUUGUCGAUGCAGUUUGGAAUACAACCAUGUGGCAGCUUAAUGGUAAUCCAGGAAAUCGAAGGCCCGUUGUUAUCGUGUGAUUGAUACUUCGUAAGAGUUACGCGAGAGAUAUGACAAAAUGGUGAUUUUUAACACUGAUAACUGAUUUUCUCCGAAUGCACAUCUCACGAGAGAUUGUGAUUCUGGGUCUUAAAUUGAAAAAUUAUAAAAAUAUGAACAAAAAUGGAAACGGUCAUAGGCUUUAUUAUUUUUAUAAAAAUAUACUAAUGCUAACAUUGCGCAAUAGAUUUUAAAAUUCCAUUCAAAUAAACAACAAUUAUUUACACUGUGAAUUAACAUCACUACAAUCAGUGUUUUAGCGAGUCUAAGCUUUUACCCAAUAUAUAAGAUUACUAUUAAUGGUUAGUUCUGGUUACUUUAUUCUCGGUGUUAUCCAGCAACCCCGCUGCUCAGACUUGGUGAUCUUGUGAACUGGUAAA